CACUGACUUGGGCCGUCUUUAUUCCAGAGGAGAUCGAGGAGACACGGGCUGGCCGACGCCACAGAGAAAGGACUUCAGAAACAACAGGAAUGAUGAAGCUGCUGGUCCUGCUGGUGCUCGUGGCCGUCGCUCAGGGUUUCCCUGCCUCCAGUGGCAAGGAAGCAGAGACCCGGUCCGUCUUCGCCCCUCUGGAUGACGUCCGUCUCCUGGCCAACGGGCUCCUCCAGCUCGGCCACAGUCUGAAGGACUUUGUGACCAAGACCAAGGGCCAGAUUAACGACAUCUUCCAGAAGCUCAACGUCUUCGACCGCUCGUUCUACCAGCUCGCCACCCUGGCCAGCGAGAUCAAAGAGGAGGAAGAGGAGCUGAAGAAAACCACCGUCGUCCUCAAGGCCAACAACGACGAGAUCAAGACUCUGUCCCAGCAGAUCAACUCCAAGGUGGAGGACAUCAUACGGGAGCGGAGCCAUCUGCAGAGCCAGGUUGGCGACUUGGAGGAAAAAAUGAGUGGCUUGUCCCAGGGCCUGCUCUCCUCCGACCAGCUCUCGGAGAUCAAUGCUCUCAAGGACGUGAUUCACACCCAGGAGAAAAGCAUCACAGACCUCCUGAAAGCUGUGAGGGAACAAAGCGAACAGCUCAACUUCCAAAGAACCCAGAUCAAGAGCCUGGAAAAGAAGAUCACUGACAGCACCCUUCAGGAGACUUUUAGAAGGGUCUGGAACAUGGAGACUCACAGCGUGUCAGGGUACUUGGCGGACAACUCCACCAACGACGUCUCUGUCUUGGAUGAUCUCCCAGCUCACUGCAGUGAUGUGUAUGCAAGAGGUCAGAGAAACAGUGGCCUGUACCCCAUCCAGCCCAACCAGUCCCAGCCCUUCCUGGUGUACUGUGAAAUGACAGCUGAUGGUGCUGCCACAGUCAUUCAGCGGAGACAGGACGGCUCUGUGGACUUUGACCAAACCUGGAGAAAUUAUGAAGAGGGGUUUGGCAACUUCAAAGGAGAGUUCUGGCUCGGCUUGGAGAAGAUCCACGCCAUAACUCGGCAGAACGACUCGGUACUGCGGAUCCAGGCAGAGGACUCGAAGCAGGGGAGGCAUGUGGUGGAGUACCACUUGAUGAUGGAAGAUGCCAGCUCUGACUACACGAUCCACCUCAGGCUGACAGACAGUGACCUGCCUCAUAUGGUGGGAAACAGCAGUGCCAUCAGGUUCUCCACCAAGGACCGCAUGAACGAUGAACACCAGGACUCCAGCUGCGCCAACGACUAUACAGGGGGCUGGUGGUUCAGCGCUUGCGGCGACAUCAAUCUUAACGGGAGGUACACCCACGGGAAGCCGCCGCGCGGCCGCACCGAUCGCACCGAUCGCAGGAAAGGAACGCACCCGAAGACCCACGGCGGGAGCUCCUUCCUACUCAAGUCCUCCCAGAUCACAAUACUGCACGGCUCAAACGCACACACCCCUACGCAGGGAACGCCUAAAUAAAAAGGUCCUCUUCUCAUUCACUCUGUAUACAUAAACAUCGACACUGACUGCCCUGACGGUAAUUUGUAGCAACAAUAAUUUGACAUUUAUAAUAUUUUCUGAUAAGGCUCAGAUUGGAACACGGUUACUGUUGCUGUUACUGAAUGUUGUUGCGUACAGCUGCUAGUGUUAAGCUUUAUUAACAUAGUUCUCAUAAGACACACAGUGGAAAUCAACUUGAUUUCUGUUUGGUUUGUAUGGUGCUAACAGGUUGAAACCUUACAUAAAGAUUAUUUUGAUUUUCAGUAGCGA